AAGAAGACAGGACACUAACUAGAGCUGCUGCACUGUAGACCAAAAUCACUUAAAGGACCUGCGCCCAAACUCCUCUAUAGUACUCAGUGCCUUCACUAGCGCCUUCGAGCCAGAUAAUCACGGACUGACUCCGACUGGAGACACCAGUUUAGUGGACUUUCUGGCCAACCAGUGACAUCAAUCAAGAAUUUAUUACCUACCAGGUAGAAAAGGCUGUCCCUAUUGUCUCCAUAGUUAGGAUACUGAGGACCAUGAAGACCCCUCUCUGGUCCCUGCUGCUGCUGUGUCUGUGUGUCCCGGGACACUGUAGUGAAUGCCAGGGGGACUGCCUGGCCUGUGGCCGCAUCCUGCCGCAGGAGAUCAACUUCAACACACUGGUGUGUCUGGUGGAGUGUGAGGGUAACGUCUCCCCUGCCUUCACUUGGGACAUGUGCCGCAAGGCCUCAGCCUCCCCACAGUUACCCUCCCAGUCCAUAGGGGGCGCUGCCAUGCUGACGCGGGCCCAGAAGGAGGUGGAGGCCAUGCUGCCAGAGGAAGAAGUGGAACAGGGGGAAGGGGGGCUGAUGUACCCAGUAGCCCUGCAGAGGUUUGACCACGUGGUCCGUGCUCUGGRCAUAGACGAGCUGGGCAGUGAUAGCCGGCUAACCGCUGAUGUCUACAACUCCCAGCUUCCCCAGGAAAUGCAGGAAAGGGAUGAGGAAGUUGGGGACGAGGAAGAGGGGGAUAACGCGAUGGAGAGAGAGCAGGAUGGAGCGGCGGGGAUAAGUCUGUCGAAGCGCUUCGGGGGGUUCCUGAAGGGAAGGCAUGGCUACAGGAAGUUGAUUGGCCCCGGGAGGCCCUUGCAGAAGCGCUACGGCGGGUUCAUAGGCGUCCGGAAAUCUGCCCGCAAGUGGAACAACCAGAAACGGUUCAGUGAGUUCCUGAAGCAAUACCUGGGCAUGAGCACCCGAGCUAGCAAGUCCUACAACAGCAUCUCCGCUGACAUCACCCAACAGAACAAGGUGUAGCAACGCACACGGCAACUGUAUCCCUGGCAAUGACGCACAUGUCGUAACCUAGCAACCCCCAACCCCGCCCUACAUAUUCAAAUCCGUCACCAAGGUGAUGAUUACACUUCGGUUCCGAACAUAACCCCUCAUGAAAAUCCACACUGGAGCAUUAUAGAUUCAGUCUUGUAUACUGCAUUUCCUCAUUGAUAACGAUAACAUAUUAUGAAUAAAAGCUAAGAAAAUAGUAAAAAAAGACCAUGUAUAUAGCUAAAUGGUUUAUCAGAGAAUCACAUUGGAUUAAUAUUAUAGACACACGAACACACUGUAUUUGUUUUGCCUUCUAUACUGCAUCUGUAAUGUAACUUUUCAAACCAUGUUUGCCUUCAUCAAUUAUGGCUAUUAUUAUUACAUAGGCUAAUUCAGUGUAAACUUCACGAAUUUAAAUGACUUACUAGUGAAGUUUCCAUGGAUUUCCUGAACCAGUACAGUACAUGAGAGGGAGACUGUUUGGAGACCGUGCAUGGCACUCUCUUUGUUAGGUUACCCUCUAGUGGCUAACACAAAAAUUACUUUCAGAUUUCCAAUUGAAAAUGCGCUAAAAUAUGUUCAUGACUAUCUUAUAUAUUAUAACAAAAUCUCAGUAUUAGGUUUGUGGAUGGCUUGUAACCUAUUCACAUCUUCAGAACUAUUCUCCAAACUUCAAUUUCAACCCUGGCUACUAUAAUUUGGAGCAAAACAUCACAAUUAACUGUUACUGCUGCGUAAGACUUAUAUAUCCAUGCUCAUGUACCAAUGAUCUGUUGGCAAAACUAAUGUUCUGACUUGAGAAUGAACCUUGGAAUGUGUUUUUUGAAGCAGACGCAGAUGUAGCCUAGGUCUAUUCAAUCAGUUCAAGUGUUAACCAGCGAUAGCAGACAUCUGCAUAGUGCAUGUUUUGACGGUGUUGGAGGUGGAACUGCGUUGGAGCUGUCAAAUCGGUGAGCAACUGCUCUUGCCAUCCUUGUCACCAAGCCACACCCGCCCCACUAGUGUUAAAAGUUAAGAUCGAGAAAGUGUAGGCCAUGGUUCCCCAACUGGCGGCCCAACAAUUACUUUUUUUAAAUUAACAUAAAAGACAAAAAACAGCAGCAAAU